AUCUUCUACUACAAUACUUCUUAUAUCAGAAUCAACGAAAUGCGCUUCAUCACUAUGACUCUUGCCUUGCUGGCGAGUUCCCUCCUUGUUGCCGCUGCCCCUGCAGAAGGAGAAAAAGUGAAACGGGAUUGUCCUGACAACUGGAACUGUGGAGAAUGCAAUGGGACCUCCUGCAAGAUUGGAAUAUCCAAUUUUGCCUGUACCAAUGGCAAGUGUACAGCACAGAGUGGAGGAGGAGAUGGUGCCGCCUGCCAUCAAGAUGCCGAAGACAACAGAGUAUAUUGCCCUGGCAACUGAGACUAGAUAGAUGAAGAAACGAUAUGAAUGGACUUUACUUUAGUAUACCCCUUGAUCCUGU